CACCGUCUCCUCCCUGAACCGGAACAAUAUGGUUUCACCUUCGCCGUGGAGCGAGGGACGCUCACUCGGGCUUUAGCUGGAAAAUUUGACUUUCAGAUGAGAGAUAAAUGUCCGUGUAGCCCCGCAGCGCGUCUGACUGUCGUCCACACGCAGAGGAAACAUGAAGCAGGACGUCAGGAUUCUCCUCCUGGGGGAACCCAAGGUGGGGAAGACGUCCCUCAUCAUGUCCCUGGUCGGAGAGGAGUUUCCAGAAGAGGUUCCCUCCAGAGCUGAAGAAAUCACCAUCCCUGCUGAUGUGACUCCUGAGAAGGUGCCCACACACAUAGUGGACUACUCAGAAAAGGAGCAGAGUGAUAAAGUCCUGAAAGAUGAGAUCAUCAAGGCCAACGUGGUUUGUGUCGUGUAUGAUGUCACCAAUGAGGAAACAAUAGAAAAGAUCAGAACGAAAUGGAUCCCGUUAGUAAACGGAGAAGCAGAAAAGGGGAACAAAGUUCCCAUCAUCCUUGUGGGAAACAAGUCUGAUCUGCGCUGCGGGAGCUCAAUGGAAACUAUCCUCCCCAUCAUGAACCAGUUCUCUGAGAUUGAGACAUGUGUCGAGUGUUCUGCGAAGAACCUGAAAAACAUCUCAGAGCUGUUCUACUAUGCACAGAAGGCCGUUCUUCACCCCACUGCUCCUCUUUACGACCCUGAAGACAAACAGCUUAAACCUUUAUGUGUCCGAGCCCUCAGCAGAAUAUUCUACAUUUCCGACCAGGACAAUGACCGUAUCCUCAGUGACGCUGAACUCAACAGAUUUCAGAAAUCUUGUUUCGGAAAUCCUCUUGCACCUCAAGCCUUAGAAGACGUGAAGACAGUAGUUUGGAAGAACACAAGCGACGGAGUGCAAGACAACGGCCUGACGCUCAAUGGUUUCUUGUUCCUUAAUACAUUAUUUAUCCAGAGGGGCCGACAUGAAACCACGUGGACCAUCCUCAGAAGGUUUGGUUAUCAUGACAACCUUGAGCUGACUGACGAUUACCUUUAUCCUGAACUACGGGUUCCUGUCGGCUGCACCACAGAGCUCAAUCCACUAGGCCACCAGUUCCUCCAGCAGCUGUUUGACAAGUAUGAUGAAGACAAAGACUCUGCCUUGUCCCCGUCGGAGCUUAGGAACCUGUUCUGUGUAUGUCCCUACAUGCCGUGGGGGGCCGAGGUCUACAUGACUGUAGCGACCACCGAUGAGGGCUACAUCACCAACCACGGCUACCUCUGUCAGUGGACGCUCUCUGCAUACCUUGACAUCCACCGUUGCCUGGAGCACCUAGGAUACCUAGGUUACCCUAUCCUCACUGAGCAGCAGUCCCAGACCUCAGCUAUCACAGUGACACGGGAGAGAGAGGUGGACCUGGAGAAGUGCCAGACCCAGCGGUCAGUGUUUCUCUGCAAGGUGAUCGGACCGCGGGGGACGGGCAAGACGGCCUUUCUCCAGGCCUUCGUGGGUCGCAACGUUGAGAAAACAGGAAAUCCCAGCAGUGCCUUCUCCCCCUACGCCAUAAACACUGUCCAAGUCAGCAAGCAGGAGAAGUACCUUAUUCUCAAAGAGGUGGAUGUCGAGGCGGAGUUCCUGAAGGAGUCAGACGCCUCCUGUGACGUUGCUUGUCUCAUGUAUGACACCGGUGACCCACAGUCCUUCGACUAUUGUGCCAGUAUAUACAAGCAACACUACAUGGAGAGCAAUAUCCCAUGCGUGUUGGUCGCUUCCAAAGUGGACCUUUCGGAAGUGAAGCAGCUCCACGGGAUGACCCCAGCAGAGUUCUGUUAUAAACACAGAUUGCCUCCACCUCUGCCCUUCUCCAGCCUGUUCCUCGACUCCACCAGCAAGAGCAUCUACACCAGGCUUGCCUGGGCAGCGAUGUACCCACACCUGAAUGGUUCAGACAUGAGCAACACAUCCUUCUGGCUGCGAGUGGCGCUGGGCUCGGCUGUUGUCGCAGUUCUGGGCUUUGCUAUCUACAGAGCCGCUGUGAGACUGAAAUGACCCAGAGCCAGCUGAGCUUUUACGUUUUGUUUUGUUUUUCAAAACGAUCCACCCUUUAUCCAUCAAGACCAAACCUCCGAAACCAGAUCCAGAGCAAAUGCAGUUUGCAUCAUUUCACUUUUUACCACAGAGGCUUCCAGGAAACUUGUCAUAUCUCUGCCCGCCUUUGUCUGACCUCCUCACUUUGUCCUACCCUCAGUCAACAGACCGCACGUGGAUCCUAGUGGUCUUAUUGUAGUCCUCGAUGCUGUGCCCAGCUUUUUCUGCCUUAUAUUGUCUCACCAGGUCAACAUAGGAGUUAGCCUAUCUACGCUCUGUGCAUUGAAAAACAUAGAACUGCUACUGUUCAUAUUCAAAAAGGUGCUUUAUGAGAACAGAGGAGUUGGACAAAGUCCAGUCUGUGUCCUCUCCCUCAGUUAUCUGUAAGGGUUAAUGGUGAGAUGAGAGAGUUUUAUAUACAUGCAGUGUUUCCCUAGUAUGACAGAGAGUUGCCAAAUUGACAAGACUGAAGAACCAAAGGGAGCAUGUGAGGCAUUUUCAACAGAGAUGACAUCCUGGUUGGCUGCUGCUGAACCUCCUCAGUGAACAACAGAGGUUUCUCUUUGUGCAUGAUGGAAAAUGGCUGUUUGCAACAAAACUAAAAUUGCAGGAACAAUAUUUUCUCCUGAGACGAAGUGAAUCUUAAAAAUGAUAAAAAUCUUAAAAGAAAGGAUCUGGUCCGAUCUCUGCUUUCACUCCUUUUUUUCAUACUGAAAUCAAUAUAUUUUCAACCAGACUGAAGUAGAUUUCUUAUCUGUUUUGUUUUUCUUUUCUGUUCACAUAUACCUGACACUGUGCAUGCAUGUUACAUGACCUGCCAUUGUUUUGUUCUGUUGCUCAAUUUAGCUGCUGACCUGCUGUUUCUGCAGCUUUUAAAGAUAUGACUGUUUCCUCUGCAAGAUUGAGAUGCUUAAUAAAAGACCAGAGCGGGUGGGAUCUUCCACCCAAAAGACAAACGAA